UUCUGACAGAACACGACAACAAGAGGAAAGAGAGAGACGAAAAGUAUGAAAAUUGGCGGAAUUAGCGGCAAGACGCGAUCAAAUCUGAUUGGCGUUAACGGUUUGGGCGCGAAAUGCUGGCCAAUCAGACACCGAUUGAGAUAAUUUGGCUGCGUAAAGUGUUCAGUCCUUCCUUUUUCGUUCGUCGGAAUGGAGCUAUCUGUCGGCAUUAAUCUCGACAUUAGAAAUUCUACAGCUACCAAGAACACGAUAUUGUUGCACGAAUAUACUAAGGAAAACAUCAAGCAUUUCGAAGAUUUGUCGAUAAUUUCUGAGGAUAUUUACGUGAUUCUGAACAUGAUGCGGACGUCUUUCGAGCGACACAGCACACGCGGCUUGCUUUUAUUUCGUACUUGGUAUUAUGACUUUCCCAUCGAAGAGCUUAAACCCAAAUCUGUGAAUUUAUUUUUCAUCAGUUGUGAACGGCAAACCACCCAUAAAUUACAACAAAUGUUGCAUCGCAGGAAGGAUUUCCAUAAUUCGCCAGCGCGGACGUAUAAAGUUGACCGUCCGACCGCUUAAAACCUCGACGAAGAAACUUAUUCGAGCAACGAGCGAAGACGCGUCGCGCAUAUAUUAGAUGAGACUGUUUGCGACGCUGCGCUUUUUCCGGUAAGUUAUACCUUAUUCUUAUGAAUUU